UCGGAGGCCGGGACGACCCGCGGAGCGAGGAAGGCGGCGGCUGGCGGCGGCUCCCGUCGAGCGGGUUCCCCGGAGCCGGGAGGAGGCCGCGGCGGGGGACCAUGUCCGGGAGGCGCCAUCCGCUCUCCACCACCGAGCGCGUCGUCAAAGCUGUCCCCUUUCCUCCAACCCAACGACUUACUGUGAAGGAAGUAUUUGAGAAUGGGAAACCUAAGAUGGAUGUUUUGAAAAACCACUUGAUAAAGGAAGGCCGAGUGGAAGAAGAAGUAGCCUUAAAGAUAAUCAGUGAUGGGGGGGCCAUCCUGAGGCAGGAGAAGACUAUGAUUGAAGUGGAUGCUCCCAUCACAGUGUGUGGUGACGUUCAUGGACAGUUCUUUGACCUGAUGAAGUUAUUUGAAGUUGGGGGAUCACCUAGUAAUACUCGCUACCUCUUUCUGGGUGACUAUGUGGACAGAGGCUAUUUCAGUAUAGAGUGUGUGCUGUAUUUAUGGAGUUUAAAGAUUAAUCAUCCCAAAACAUUGUUUCUGCUUCGAGGAAAUCAUGAAUGCAGGCAUCUUACAGAAUACUUCACCUUCAAACAGGAAUGUCGGAUCAAAUAUUCAGAACAGGUAUAUGAUGCGUGUAUGGAUACAUUUGACUGUCUUCCUCUUGCUGCCCUCUUAAAUCAGCAAUUUCUCUGUGUACAUGGGGGAAUGUCACCUGAAAUCACUUCUUUAGAUGACAUUAGAAAAUUAGAUAGGUUUACUGAACCUCCUGCCUUUGGGCCGGUGUGCGACCUGCUUUGGUCUGAUCCCUCUGAGGACUACGGCAAUGAGAAGCACUUGGAACACUAUACCCACAACUCUGUCCGAGGAUGCUCUUACUUUUUCAGUUACCCUGCAGUUUGUGAAUUUUUGCAGAACAACAGUUUAUUAUCAAUAAUCAGAGCCCAUGAAGCCCAAGAUGCUGGGUACCGAAUGUACAGGAAGAGCCAAGCAACCGGCUUUCCAUCCCUUAUUACGAUAUUCUCUGCCCCUAAUUACUUAGAUGUCUAUAACAAUAAAGCUGCAGUGUUGAAAUACGAAAACAAUGUCAUGAACAUCAGGCAGUUUAACUGUUCUCCACACCCCUACUGGCUCCCAAACUUUAUGGAUGUUUUCACAUGGUCUUUGCCUUUUGUUGGAGAAAAAGUCACAGAGAUGCUGGUUAAUAUUCUCAACAUAUGCUCUGAUGAUGAGCUGAUCUCUGACGAAGACUUGGAAGUAGGCACUUCAGUUCGAAAAGAAGUCAUCAAGAAUAAAAUCAGAGCCAUUGGGAAGAUGGCACGGGUCUUCUCAGUUCUUCGGGAAGAGAGUGAGAGUGUGCUGACCCUCAAGGGUCUCACUCCCACAGGUACACUCCCCUUGGGUGUCCUCUCUGGAGGAAAGCAGACCAUUGAAAAUGCCACAGUACAAGCGGUAGAGGCCCAGGAAGCCAUCAGAGGGUUUUCACUCCCACACAAGAUUCGAAGUUUUGAAGAAGCCCGAGGUCUGGACCGAAUUAAUGAGCGAAUGCCACCCCGAAAAGAUAAUGGGCACACCGAUGGGCCAGUGAAACUGGUAGCCCCAGUACGCCCAAAUUCUGCACACAGGAGCAGCCAAGCGAAGCAAUCCCAGUAAUGACUCCAGUCCUGCCGUGGCACAGGCAGAUCCCAGAUCUGCAAACAAAUUUAUUUAUUUAUUAUUGGAAAAAUGAAACAAAAACAACUCAAACAACUUAAACUUGGAGGUGCAUUCAUAACUCAGUCUGCAUUCUGUAAGAAAGAUGUCCAUUUUAUAAAUUCUUUUAAUUAACUUUAUGUUCAAUAUAUAUAUAAAGUGCAUAUGUUUUGUUCCCCCCCCCCCACGAUUUUUAGGAAAGAAUCUGAUUGUUGUCAAUACAUAUGUGAAAUCUUGUGCUAUAUAACGGGGACCUUCCCCUAAUAAAAAGGGCCUUGGAAACCUCAACCCUAGGUUUCUGACUUGAACCUGUCAGCCUUUUCUGAUUUGGAAGGUAGUAGUAUUCAUGUAAGCCUAGUGAACUCUCUUACCCAAGAGGUUCUGGUCCUAUAAGUUUUUCCUUUCUGCUAGAUGCCACUAAAGAAAGGGCUCUUAGGGUACUGUUUGAUGGAGAACUUGAACUUCUAUGAGAACAACCCAGAUCGUGUGUGUGUGUGUGUGUGUGUGUGUGUGUCUGUGUCUGAAGGUUGAAGCCAGAGCUUAAUGCAUGCUCAGCAGCAGCUCUACCACCAGCUAUAUCCCCAGCCAUAAAUUCUUUUUAAUGUGUUCUAGUAGAUCCAAAUAAAUAAUAAUAAUAAAGGAUUUUCUUACAAUUACAUAAAAUGUGCUCAUCUAACCUCAGGCACGAUUAGUUUAACACCUCCCCACCCCCUGCCUUAGGAGUUUGAAGGACAAAGAUUUGCAAACAAAUUGUAACUGUUGCCACAUUCUGUUCAUUUUUGAAUCUCAGGUGAUUUUAACCCAUCUGCAAAGGAAGUUACAUUUCUACAUAUUUUAUAAAUGUUCUCAGCAGGGCCUUCAAUAUCAAGACAAAGUCAUGCCCUUCUGUGUCAUCACAUUGCAUCUAUUUUUCCCAUCAUCCUUCUUAUUUCACUGUUGGUAUUUCUGAAACUAACAGGGAUAAUGGAAACUGAUGGAGGUGGCAUGAUUCUGUAAAUUGAAAUUCUUGCUAAUGGGCAGCAGGUGAGUGAUAUCUUCUAGCAUUAACUAGAAAACCUGUCUUCUAGUUGCUGGGAGGUUUCUGCAUGUUUCAGUAGUCACUAGGUUGAGUGUGUCAACCUUGUUAGCAUAUUCUGGAAUACAAAGUCAGGGGUUUUGGCUUAGUGUUUGGAUAAUUGCCCUUUGGCUUGUUUGUUUUUAUGUCACCAGCAAUUCAUGAAGGAAACUUUGGAGAUACUUGGGCUCCUAUUUUUGAUUUAGCCUGAUCAUAGGUGCCAUGUCACAGUAUUCACUGUGUAAGGAAUGUGCAAGUCUGGGCAUGCUGGAUCAGAGUGUGAGAAAUGCAGAUUUACAGAAUUACUUAAGGUCACUUGAAGCAAGUGUCUCAGACUAUAAUACUUCAUAUUGAGAGCUUCAAGGAAAGCAGGAAAACAACAUAGUUUUCUUCUUUGCAAAAUGCUGUACUUUUCAUAAGAAAAAGGAGAAGUUAGCCCACCCAUCUGUUUUUGUAUUGCUUUUGCUGACAGUUUCCAGAUGGUUCCUGUCAGAGAUCAAAGCCUUUUUGUGGAUUGUAAUCUGCACCCAUCGCUGGGUUCAUGAAAAGAAGCCGGAUGUAUUGACACAUACUCAUAUCCUAGCCCUUGGGAGGUGGAGUCAAGGCCAUUCUCGGCUACAUGUUGCAUUCAGGACAAGCCCUGGGGUAGAUGAGAGCCUGUCUCAGCAAAAGAAAGAAGGGAAGAGGGGAGGGAGGAUGUUAUGGAGGGAGAAAAGAAUCUUAACUGGGUUAUAAGCAAGACGGGAAGAAAAUUCCUGAGUAUCUCUCUUUCCUGAUUGUCAUUGCUUUGUGCCCAGAGAAGGAAUUAACCUCCCAGACAUCCUUACACUCAUCUCUCCCCUAAUCCCAGUGGUAGCAAAGACCCUGGAAGCCUCACCUGUGAAAGUGAGUCCUGUGGCAGACUGGGGACAGGGAGGCUCUCGCUGCUGCUCUUUCUCAUUGUGUUAUGCACACAGUCUGCAGAUAGAAUCUGCGCCUAAGGACCUCCAGAAGUGGGCAGCAGUGAAAGAGUUGUGAACCCUAUGAGCUUUUAAACAUAAUUUACAGUUGAAAGAUUCAAUUGAAGAAUAUCUUCACUGUUUUCUCAGAGUGGCACUAUAGAGCAACAUGUCCUUGAGAGGAGUGUCACAAAAGAAUGUGUCUUCAGGUGCCAUCAGAGAGCAGGGAGAUGUGACAUUCUGAUUUCAAGAAAACCAGAGAAGUCAGACUUAGUGGGAAGGACCUGUAAUCACAGCUUCUUAGCGUGCUGAGGCAGGCACACUUCAGUUCAAGCCUGCCAGAACUGCAGAGUGAAUUCAAGGUUAGCCUGGGCAACUUAGUAGGACCCUGCCUCCAAAUUUUAAAAGACAAAAAAGAGCAAUGUGGAUAUAGGUUGGUUGUGUGUGUGAGGCCUUAGAGUCAAUCCCCAAUACUACAGAAAAAAAAAAAAAAGGAAAACCUGGGUAAAUUUAAA